AUGUCUUUGGUGAAUACUCUGUAAAUUUAUGAAUUUUGUCGUACAUUUGCUUCUCAACUGAAUUUAAGAACUCGUUAUACAGUAGAAUAAUUGCAUAAAAGUUUUGUAAAUAGUUUUUGAGAUUAUUAGGAAUCAAAUGAAAAUUCUUCUUUAGCAUAUUAAUUGGUAAUAGGAUUGAUAGAUAAAUUUUGCUUAGCAUAUUUAGUAUAAGCAUCAACAUAAACUAAUUCAGCUUUUUUGAAUGUUAUAGGAUAAAUAAAAAAGUAUAAUGUAAUUACAAUUUUAGUUAUUUUAUUCGUCGAUCAAUAUUGAUGAACAUAUGGCCAACAAUAUUUACAUUAAUUACACGUAUAUAUAGGAUUAGAGCAUAUAUAAAAGAUGAAAUUGAAUUAGAAUACUAAUAAUUUAAAGAACAUUUAUAAUAAGAGUAAUUUAAAAAUUGGUCUGCUUUGGAUAAAUAAAAACUCAUCUUAUUUAUUAUAGAUACAAUUUUUUAUGAAUCAGAAUUUUUGAUUUAAGAAAUUGAUUAAAGAAUAAAGAUUUAAGAAAUAUUAUCAAAUAAUGAUUGGAGGAAAGAAUUGGCUAAAAAAGAAACAGAAUUAAAAAGAUUACAAUAAUCAGUUGGAAAAGUAGCUAAAAAGAAAUAAAAAGAAUAAGUUAAGACUCUUUAAUUAAUAGCAGGAUUAGAAGAAGAAAUAAAACUAUAUACAAAAGCAUCAACAGUUAGUAAUAAAUAAUUGUUUCAUAAUUAAGCAAUAGAGAAGAUCUCUAAUAAUCUUUAUGUACUUAAAUCAAUGACUUUUAGGUAUUUGAAGAAGAAAAAAGAUGUAUCUAUUAAGAAAACAAUGAAGAANAAUAAUUCUUACGUUUGA